CCAGGUCGUUAAGACCAACACUAAUCCGAUUUCUUUUUCAGGUUCCUCAAGAAAUGCUCUUCUACGGUGUGGGCAGCCGGGAAGUGACAUCAACCCUCAUAUCCGUAGCAACACACGAGACCAAGUUGGUCACAUUCAAAUCUUUCCUACACCUCCUGACACCUCUCAUAUCUCCACGACUAAUCCUCCUCACGUCCCUUCCCGAAAACAUUCUGUCCGCAACAGAUAUGUUUAUUUUUGUCAACUUUCACUUAUAUUCAUUCUCAAAAUCUAUUUCAAUUCUUACAAUUCCGAUCUUUUUCAUUUUAUAUUCGGACAGAUAAUGCAGGUCACAGUCUCUUAUCAUUUUAUGAUUAUUUGGUAAAUGUUAUUCGCCAAACAGACAAGAAUACAUUGAUAUUUUACGAGAGUGUAACUUAUGGAAUAUAUUUUCCAUUUGUUAAUGGAAUACCUGGUACUGGUAUCCAACGUGUUCCCGGUUUAUUACAAGAUGAGACGGCCAGAAAGAAGAGUGUAUUAUCUUAUCAUUACUACUGUUGGUUAUUGGAAUCGACACCAUCUACAGAGAAUAUGCCAUCAUGGAAACGAUAUUUGUGUGAUAAACUUCUCUUGAAUUAUGCAUUCAAUAAUGCGAGAAGUAUAGUUAAAUACACUGGUGGAGGACGGUUUUUAACAGAAUUCGGUCUGUGUCUUCCUGAUGGCAAUCCAGAUUCAAUAAAUACGGUUGAAUGUAACGCUGUGAUGAGUGCAGCCGACAGGAACUUCGAAUCCUGGACUUAUUGGGACGGAAAUGAAUUAUUUCCCAACUUAAUUGUAGACAACAUUUCCUUGAGAUCAUUCAGUCGUACAUAUCCACAAUCAACUGCCGGUCAACCUGUCAAACUGAGAUUCGAUGUCGAUUCAGGUGUGUUUUAUUAUGCUUUUGUACCCACACAGAAGUAUUGUACAAACGUGGACGCAGCAUUGUUAGUUGCAGAGAUUUUUGUUCCAAUGUCGAUUCAUUAUCCAUAUGGAGUGAGAACCCGUUUUGUACCAGAACAAUUAUAUUAUAAAAUGUAUGAAAAUAAUACUAAUUUAAUGUUUGUCUAUGCACCGUGUACGUUGAUCAACACAAAUAUUGAACUUAUGGAAAUAACGAUCAUACCAAACCAAACACAAUAUAAGCAUUCAGACAACAAUUAUAGCCAUUUACCAACUUAUUCGAAAUCUGUAUCAAUAUUGUUAAUUGUGAACUCCUUGAUAUUUUCACAUCUUUCAACAUAUUUUGACUAAACUAAAGAAAUAUCACAUGAUAAAAUUUGAAUCAUUACUGUAAUACACCUAGACUACAAUAAACUGCAUGCGUUGCGUCAAACUAAUAACACAUUAAUCAUUUUGUUCAUUGACCAAUCACAUAUUACAUUAAUGACUGAAUCGUAAGAAAUUGUGAAAAAGCAGACGUUCAAUGUUCUCCAAUUCCAAGUGAUUAUCAUUACGUUUACGCUCAAAUGAUUAUGACGUACAGUUAAAAUAUUUAGAAAAUUUCAAAUACCACAAAAAUAAAAUGUUUCUCAUCAAAACCCAUUUUCGCUUCCAAUGCCUUAAUAUUCUAUAUAUUCGACAUGUUUCAAAUUUCCCUAUUCAUUAAAUUAUCAAUUGGUAACGUGGUCUUCUGUAGAUGUGAUCAUAAAAUAGUCACGUAUUUUCUAUAAAACAUAAAAGUCU